GCAGCCGAUCCGUGGCGUCUGGGGGCGCCAUGGCCUCGGCGACCGCGGCGGCGGCGCCGGGCGAAGCGGAGGAAACCACCCGGCUCCGCAAACCGCGGUUCUCUUUCGAGGAGAACCAGAUCCUGAUCCGGGAGGUGCGCGCCCACUACCCUCAGCUCUACGGUGCGCAGAGCCGUCGGGUGAGCGUGGCCGAGCGGCGGCGAGUGUGGGACAGCAUCGCCAGCAAGAUCAACGGCAUCACCAGCUGGAAGCGCACGGGCCAGGAGGUUCAGAAGCGUUGGAACGAUUUCAAGCGCCGCACUAAGGAGAAGCUGGCCCGAGUGCCGCACUCCACGCAGGGCGCGGGGCCCGCCGCCGAGGACUCCUUCUCCGCGGAGGAGGAGACUAUUUUCGCCAUCCUGGGGCCGGGUGUGGCGGGGCCAGGAGCUGGAGCUGGGGCUGAGGAGACCCCGACAGCCGCCUCUUCACAGCCACAAGCCCCGACCGCUGGUACGCAACGCUAUGUUUUGUCCGAGGAUCGCAGGCAGGAUCGACGGGCAGAUACCCCAGCCCAGAACAAAGGGGGCUCCAGCAGCCCAGAGUCCUGGGCCCGGCCCUCUUGCAAUGUCCCCGAAGCCAAGGAGGGUGAGUCCCCGUCCCCUGCAGCCAUGCAGCCUGUCCAGCUGCCCCGCCUGGCCUUGUCUCCACCUCUCCCUGCCCCUCCACCGCCACCCACGCCGCUGGCCCAAGUGGCACCUUCAUCCCCUAGCCCACCACCUCCUCGGCCCACCUCAGCCCCAGAACAGUCCCUGGACUUUCUGCGGGCUCAGCAGGAGACUGCCAAUGCCAUCAGGGAGCUGGCUGGCACCCUUCGGCAGGGACUGGCCAAACUGAGCGAGGCCCUCAGCGCCCUGUUACCCCUUCUGCCGGGAACCCCAGCUGACCCGCCUCCUCUGCCCCCGCCUCCGCCUCCGCCCCCACCUCCCAAGCCAGUCCUGCCACCACCUGCCCCCAAGGUGGAGGUGACCUCAGAGCCUGUGUCCGUGGUAGCUGCUGUCGUGGAUGGGGCUGUAGUAGCAGCUAGGGGAGUGAUCGUCGCCCCUAGAAGAGAGGAAGGGGUGCCCAAACCACCCCCAGCUCCACCAGUACCCCUCCACGACUCACCACCACACAAAAGGAAGAAAGGCUUCCCUACACGGAAGAGGCGGAGUCGCUGGAAGUCUCCGUGAAAUCUACUCCCGUCCAUGCUCCUGCCUGCAACCCCUCUCUCUCCCUGCUUGGCGCAGUCGAGGAGGAAGCUGCUCUUUGCCCAUCCUAGCUGCACCCUGGCUUCCUGCUCUAGGGAAGUGAGCACCCCACUUCCUGUGCUAGUUAGUGCCUGAUUCUCUGAGUGGGUCCCCUGGGUGGGACGCCCUCAGCCCCUUUCUCUGGUACAGUGGUGUCUGCCUGACUGCCUCCUGUAACCCCCAACUUGUAAGCCAUCAAUUUUAUGUUU